UGCUUUCCACUCGUGCCCAGAUGGAACCCUAUCGAAGAGGUCACAACAUCACUUUGCUGAGAUCCGUGCUGACAGUCAUCCGCGGCAGGGAGAAUUGGAAAAAUACCCCCAUCUUCAUAGGCGGACAUAGUAAUUCGGAUGACCUGAAUAACUUGAUGAGUUGGCUUCAAAAUACGAUGGAAGUAACUUGUCAUACGGUGGAUGCAUCUACUCCAGCCAAAAACGAACACGCUCUGGGUAACUUUAACAUGAAUGCGGAUAAUUCACUUGGUUUGUUGUUUUGCCAAAGCUCCCAUGAAUUGAUUUGGUUUAAUAUGGAUAAGAGACUUCGACGAUUACGUGGUAUUCGCCUUAUUGUGAUUCUGUCAAACAAACGAAGUUCAUCCAACAAAGCUAUAAUGAGCACGUUUAAGAGGCUGUGGCACUUUCAGUUCCUCAAAGUUCUGGUUCUGCACAGAGAUCAGAUUUAUUCGUAUACUCCUUAUCCACUCAUUCGAUUCUUUAAGCUUGAUACUAACGUCUAUCCGCUUUUCCCACCGAGAGUACAAAAUUUCCAAGGCUAUGUGGUGUCUACCCCAGUGGGCAACGACAUUCCGCGAGUGUUUUUCGUGAAGGAUAAGAAAACCGGACGCAAGCAGAUCAGAGGAUUUGGAUAUCGCACAUUUGUGGAGUACCUGCAUCGCUACAAUGCCUCUUUGUAUGUCAGUAAUUCCCACCAGGAGCAUGCCAUCAACAGCAGUGUGAAUAUGGGACGGAUAAUUAAUCAGAUUGUGGAUGGCCAAUUAGAGAUCUCCCUGCAUCCCUAUGUAGACGUUCCGGAAAAUAUGGGAGAUAACAGUUAUCCCCUUCUGAUAGCUAGCAAUUGUCUUAUUGUUCCGGUCAGGAACGAGAUAUCUCGCUACAUGUAUCUACUAUUGCCUCUCAACCAAUCGAGCUGGAUACUACUGCUCGGUUCUGUAAUUUAUAUCAGCGGAGUGCUCUACUACAUUCAGCCUGGUCUGGUGCACCGGACCUGGGAUCAGCGGAUUGGCCUUAACAUCCUAGAUAGCAUCAGUCGCAUACUUAAUAUAUGCUCUCCCUCCAGGAUUUACAACCCAUCCCUAAGGUAUUUUAUAGUUUCGGUGCACCUUAGUAUUCUGGGAUUUGUGGUGACCAACCUCUACAGCAUUAUGUUGGGCAGCUUCUUCACCACCUUGGUGGUGGGCGAGCAGGUGGACAGCAUGGAGCAGCUUAUCCAGCAACAGCAAAAGGUACUGGUAAAAUAUUACGAAGUCAGUACAUUGCUACGGCAUGUGGAACCAGAUUUGGUGGACGGAGUAGCGCAACUAUUAGUGGGCGUGAACGCCAGUGAGCAGGUGUCCGCUCUUCUGGGAUUCAACCGGAGCUAUGCCUACCCCUUCACCCUAGAGAGAUGGGAGUUCUUCUCACUACAACAGCAAUACGCCUUCAAGCCCAUCUUCAGAUUCUCAUCCGCAUGCCUGGGCUCCCCGAUUAUAGGGUAUCCCAUGAGACGUGACUGCCACCUGCAGUCGUCAUUGAACAUGUUCAUCAUGCGGAUCCAGGCCGCAGGACUUCUGCAGCACUGGGUGGUAUCCGAUUUCAACGAUGCAAUGCGCGCUGGCUAUGUUCGACUUCUGGAAAACUUCCUAGGAUUUCAUUCGUUGGAUGUCGAUUCCUUGCGCAUGGGGUGGGCUGUACUCCUAUGUGGGUGGCUGCUAUCCGCCUUGAUUUUCCUUUGCGAGCGCUGGCGGUUUUACCACUAAUUCAUCUAAUUAACGUUAUAAUAACCUUAUUAGAUUAAU